AGAAAGCACAGUGCCUCCACUUUGCAGGCCGAUAACGGUGCAGCUCACGGUUCUCCGGGUAAGGUAGACUCGCACCGGUCAUAAAAAACGCUGCACGCGUCGACACCGGCGAAAACCGCGCGACAGAGGGUCCCACAGCCACCCCAAAAGAGCGUUGACGCGCGACCGCACAAAUGACGACGCGCCCGGCCGAAGAAGGCGACUACGACUGCGCCAUCUGCCUCAGCCCCCCCGACCACCAGGUCCACCAGUGCCGGAACGGACAUCUGUUCUGCGCCGAGUGCCUCGAGGAGUGUUUGAGUAGAGGCAGCGCGAAAUGUCCCACGUGUCGAGUGGCGUUACCUAGAGAACCGAUCCGCAACCUGGUUGCCGAACGAGCGCUAGCGCGGCGGCCCGCGCGCUGCCCGCACUGUUCGUUGGAUCUCACGCGAGGAGAACUGCAGGCGCAUCUCUUACGGUGUCCUUCUAGGGUCGUCAAGUGUCAAGGAGAGGGCUGCGACUGGAGCGGGCCCAACGCGCCCGGCGCCUUGAAGGAGCACGAGUCAAAGUGCCCGCGCGCGAUACUGGCCAAAACAUUGAUACCGCUCAAGGAACGUAUAAACAAGCUGGAGGCGACGGUACGCUCCUUACGAGCUGAAAGAGCAGGUUUGGUCAGUCUGCACCCUCCAGGAGCGCCGCUGCGACUCGCCCAUGGUUUGUGGCGAGUACGGGAAGAAGACGACACUUUUACCACUGUAGCAUUGCCGUCGUUACGACUCACAGCAGGAAGGUGGUGCUACGAGGUCACGAUGUGCAGCGAAGAAAUAGUGUUCCCGCAGAUCGGAUUUGCAAGAGAGGGCUUCCGGCCGGGAGCCGAGCUGGGGGUCGGCGACGACGAGUUUAGUUAUGCGUACGACGGCGACCGGUGCAAGCUCUGGCACGGUAGUAGGCACGACGACUUCGGGCGGGCGUGGGAGGCGGGCGACGUUAUUGGAUGCUAUUUGGAUUUAGAUGAAGGUAUUAUUCUGUUCACGGUGAACGGUGAUCUCGUGCCUUUUGAUGACGGCGACGAGGAUGGCAUGAGACCGGCCUUCGACGGCGUUGUGGGAGGGAGGUGGUUCCCCGCGCUCACGCUCAAGAGCGGGACGUGCCGCGUGAACUUCGGGGACCGGGAUUUAGAUCACCCGGAGGCGCUCGAGGGCUACUCGCCGGUGGCGCUCGCGGCGGCGCUGCACGAGCCGCCGCUGGAUUAAAGACAUAGUAGGGUG